CUUCUGCCAGAGAAAAAAAGAAAGUACAAAGUUGGUAAUCAGAGUUCGAACUUCACACCCACCGUCGUCUUCAAUCCCUUCUUUUUUUUUUUUUUGGUCUUCUCGAAAUUUUCUACGAUCUCUCUGGUAGAGGAAGUCAGACUUCUGAAUAUCUACUCAGAUUGUGUUGGAAUCUCCAAAUAUCCUGAUUCGAGAAGAUGCUUCCUCUUUCGCUGCUUAAGACUGCUCAAGGGCAUCCCAUGCUUGUAGAGCUCAAGAAUGGGGAGACAUAUAAUGGGCACUUGGUGAAUUGUGAUACAUGGAUGAACAUUCAUCUGCGUGAAGUCAUCUGUACAUCAAAGGAUGGAGAUAGGUUUUGGCGAAUGCCUGAAUGUUAUAUCCGAGGCAACACAAUCAAGUAUCUCCGAGUUCCAGAUGAGGUGAUUGAUAAAGUACAGGAGGAGAAGACCCGCACAGAUAGAAAACCACCAGGGGUUGGAAGAGGAAGAGGGCGAGAAGGUCCAAAGGGUAUGGGACGUGGUGGUAUGGACGAUGGAGCUGCCAGGGGCCGAGGCCGAGGAGGAUCAAUUGGAAAGAUGGGUGGCAACAAAGUGGGAGGUCGAGGCCGUGGUUGAUACCAACUAUUUUAGAUGUCUCUACUGGACUGAAGCUGCCGAGAAUUUACCUUCCAUGUCGCUGCACUCUUUAUCGUUUUUAUUACUUUGGGUUUGGGGUCUUCUAUAUAUGUUUAAGGGGCUCUUGAGAGUGUUUUUCGAUUCUCUCUAGUUUGUGCAAUAUUUGAAUUUUAUAAUUUCUUGCAAUUUGAUGGUUGCUCUUUUCUUGUUGCCUUUCGUGCAACAAGAAAUUUAUCUGA